UUCUCCAUCUCUCUCUCUCUCUCUCUCUCUCUCUCUCUCUCUCUCUCUCUCUCUCACAUUCAGUCACUCUCUUUCUCUAUCUAUCUAACUAUAUAUCUAUCUUUCCUUUUGGGAGUUUGAUAAUCAUUUAUAUCAUCAAGAAGAGCUACAAUCUGUUAUGGAUUGCUUAAACAUGAGAAAAGUUGAGGAGAAAAUGGCGAAAAAGAACGAAGAAUGCACCCGCGAUGGAUCAGUCGAUAGAAAAGGCCAACCAGCUGUUCGUGAAAGAACCGGUUCAUGGUUUGCUGCCAUCCUCAUACUUGUGAACCAAGGGCUAGCCACACUAGCAUUUUUUGGAGUAGGGGUGAACUUGGUUCUAUUCCUAACUAGAGUUAUGGGUCAAGAUAAUGCUGAAGCAGCAAACAGUGUUAGUAAAUGGACCGGCACUGUCUACAUCUUCUCGCUCCUUGGCGCCUUCCUUAGUGACUCGUAUUGGGGGCGUUACAAAACUUGUGCCAUCUUCCAAGCCAUUUUUGUUGUGGGGUUGGUAUCGUUAUCACUCUCGUCAUACAUAUUCUUGGUGAAACCCGAAGGAUGCGGAAACGAAAAGACUCCAUGUGGGACGCACUCGACCUUUGCGACGGCUAUGUUCUACGUAUCAAUUUAUCUUAUUGCCCUAGGGAAUGGAGGGUACCAACCCAACAUAGCCUCAUUUGGUGCAGAUCAGUUUGAUGAGGAUCACCCCAUUGAAGGGCUUGGAAAAGUGUCUUUCUUUAGUUACUUCUAUUUGGCACUAAAUCUUGGAUCCCUCUUUUCCAACACUAUAAUAGGGUAUUUUGAAGAUAAAGGUAUGUGGGCAUUAGGAUUUUGGGCUUCGGCGGCCUCUGCGCUUGUGGCGUUGAUCUUGUUCCUUGUUGGCACACCAAGAUAUAGGCAUUUCGUGCCCUCCGGGAAUCCCUUGUCAAGAUUUUGCCAAGUUGUGGUUGCUUCAAUUAGGAAAUGGAAAGUUGUGAUCCCUUCUGAUGGAGAUGAGUUAUUUGAAGUUGAUGGCAAAGAAAAUACCAACAAUGGCAGCAGAAAUAUUCUUCACACCAAAGGAUUUAAAUUCUUGGAUAGAGCUGCGGUAAUCACCUCGAAGGAAAACUCAACUGAAAUUGUAGAAAUCAACAACCCAUGGCGCCUAUGUACAGUAACACAAGUUGAAGAAGUGAAAUGCAUCUUGAGACUCCUUCCAAUUUGGCUAUGCACAAUCCUUUAUUCAGUAGUAUUCACCCAAAUGGCCUCUUUAUUUGUAGAACAAGGAGCUGCAAUGAAAACCAACAUCUCAACCUUUCACAUUCCUCCAGCAAGCAUGUCCACCUUUGACAUCCUUAGUGUUGCAGCCUUCAUUUUCAUCUAUAGACGGGUUCUUGAUCCGUUAGUAGCGAGAGUUAAGAAAUCCAAUAGCUCAAGGGGAUUAACCGAGCUUCAAAGGAUGGGAGUCGGCCUUGUGAUAGCUAUACUAGCAAUGGUGGUAGCUGGCACGGUUGAACACUUCAGGCUGAAAUAUAAAGUGACUGAUUGCAUCAAUUGUGAAGGAUCAAGUAGUUUGAGCAUAUUCUGGCAAGUCCCACAGUAUGUGCUUAUUGGAGCUUCGGAGGUAUUCAUGUAUGUAGGGCAGUUGGAGUUCUUUAAUGGACAAGCACCGGAUGGUCUAAAAAGCUUCGGAAGUGCACUAUGCAUGACAUCGAUUUCGUUAGGGAACUAUGUGAGUAGUCUACUUGUGACAAUUGUGAUGAAGAUUUCUAGUACUGACAGAAUGCCUGGAUGGAUUCCUGGAAAUCUGAACAAAGGUCAUUUGGACAACUUUUACUUUUUGUUAGCCGUGUUGACAAGUGCUGAUUUUGUGGUGUAUUUGUUAGUAGCAAAUUGGUACAAAUACAUCAAGUUUGAAGGGAGAAGUGAGAAACUAGAGGGUUGUCAACAUGUUUGAAAGGAUCUUAAUAUUCACACACCCCUUCCCUCUAUCUCACUCUAUAUAUACAUAGAUACAUAUAGAGAAUAGAGAGAGAUAGAAUGUAAAGGAUGUGAAAAUAAGAUUUUAGAGGUGUGAGAAUAGAAUAAGCCGUUUGAAAAGCAGCUUUGAUGUGUUUAAAAUGAUUCUUUUGUAACAAAGUUAUAUUACUAAUAAUGUCUUUUCUUCAUCAAUUAAAAUUUGAAAAUAAACUUCUUAUCUGUGA